UCCUGCUUUGUACAAACAGCAAAUCAGCUUUUAGGACAAAUUGAAAAUAUUAUUGGAAAACAAAGUUUAUCUUAACAAUUCUCUAAAAUAAAUAAGUAAAUAAAAUAAGCAACUACAACAUAAUCUGACUGCCUGUGAUUAUUCAUCUACAUUUAUGUUAAACAAUAAUGACAUUUACCACAGACACUGAAAGCAACUUUAACACAGUUAGCUAGCUAGCUGCAGAGCGGGACAGCAAAAUCUCCUACUGAGCAGCACUGCUAGCAGGCCUAGCUAACUAGCUAGCUAACAUUAGAUUGCGUUAGUUAGCGCUAGCUAAUUAGCUAGCUAGCUAGGUUGAUAACGUUUAGCUGAUGCAAAAUGUCAUUCGGAGACGCUGCUGUGCCACAGGUUGUGAACGGACCGGUUCAACACACAUGUGAACACGUUGCUGUGUGCUUGCUGAGGUGAGGUCGUCUGUAGCGCCCCUGGUGUUGGCUCAGCGCGACUGCAACAACAUCCAUCACAUCUCCCUCUCCGACCUGCAUCCGCGCGCCACUGUAGCCAGGCUUCCCCAGCUGCUCCGCUGCGCCUUAAUGAGUCUGCGCAAUGGGCGCUCGUCAAGUGUAAAGAGACCAAUAGCGCGUCUUCACUGGCGAACCGGGAGAGAGUGAGACAACACACACACACAGAGCGGAGGAGACAGGCAGAGCAGACGGGAUGAGGCAGGAGCGCACGGACCGUUUCCUCCGGUAAACAAGCGGAGCAGGAGAGGGGACAUCGCCGGCGGAAAGUGGAGCGGAGGGGGGGAUUUCGGGGACACAGCCAUGGCGACGGGAGGAGGAGGAGUGAGGCGGAGGAGGAAAGCGGGGCUCCCGGGAUUCUGCUGGAAAACCUGCUACUUUCCCAUUUUGUUCUGGGUCGUUUCCGUGUGCGGGGAGGAGAAGACGUUCAUUGUGGAGACGUGGUUGAAGAACUAUGGCUACCUGCUGCCUCACGACGUCCGCACAUCAGACCUGCGGCAGGAGAAGGCCAUGCAGUCGGCUGUGGCCGCCAUGCAGCGCUUCUACGGCAUUCCUGUGACGGGAAUCCUGGACGAGACGACUAUAGAGUGGAUGAGGAGACCUCGCUGUGGUGUCCCAGAUCAUCCUCACACCAGCCGUCGGCAGAGGAAUAAACGCUACGCCCUGACGGGACAGAAAUGGAGAGAUAAAAAGAUCUCCUACAGCAUAUCGAACUUCACCCCUAAAGUGGGCGAGAAGGACACCCAGAGAGCGAUCAGACAGGCCUUCAACGUGUGGCAGACCGUCACCCCGCUCUCCUUCCAGGAGGUGCCGUACUCAGAGAUCAAGAACGAGGGGAAGGAGGCGGACAUCAUGAUCUUCUUCGCCUCUGGCUUCCACGGCGACAGCUCCCCGUUUGACGGAGAGGGGGGUUUCCUGGCCCACGCCUAUUUCCCCGGCGCUGGCAUUGGAGGAGACACACACUUUGACUCUGACGAGCCCUGGACGCUGGGCAACGCCAACCAUGAUGGUAAUGAUUUGUUCCUGGUGGCGGUUCAUGAGUUGGGUCACGCGCUGGGUUUGGAGCACUCCAACGAUCCCAGUGCCAUCAUGGCUCCUUUCUACCAGUACAUGGACACACACAACUUCAAACUGCCUCUGGAUGACCUGCAGGGCAUACAGAAGAUCUACGGUAUCCCCACAGCCAUGCUGGAACCCACCAGGCCGUUACCCACCUUACCCUCUCGACGGACACACUCCACCUCCGAGCGCAAGCACGACCGUCACUCCCGUCCGGCGCGUCCACCCGGUGACCGGCCGGCGCUGCCUGGAAACGGCAAACCCAACAUCUGCGACGGCAACUUCAACACUGUGGCCUUCUUCAGACGGGAGAUGUUUGUCUUCAAGGACCGGUGGUUUUGGCGUCUGAGGAACAACAAGGUGCAGGAGGGUUAUCCCAUGCAGAUCGAUCAGUUCUGGAAAGGCCUGCCACCUCGCAUCGACGCCGCCUACGAGAGAUCUGAUGGCAAAUUUGUCUUCUUCAAAGGUGAUAAGUACUGGGUGUUUAAGGAGGUUACGGCCGAGCCGGGUUACCCUCACAGCCUGGUGGAGCUGGGCAGCUGCCUCCCCAAAGACGGCAUCGACACGGCGCUGCGCUGGGAGCCGGUCGGGAAAACCUACUUCUUCAAAGGGGACCAGUACUGGCGCUACAAUGAGGAGAAGCGCACCGCAGACCCAGGAUACCCCAAACCCAUCACUGUGUGGAAGGGAAUACCGGAUGCACCGCAGGGGGCCUUCAUCAGCAGGGAGGGAUACUACACCUACUUCUACAAGGGGAAGGAGUACUGGAAGUUCGACAACCAGAAGCUGACGGUGGAGCCCGGAUAUCCAAAAUCCAUCUUGCGCGACUGGAUGGGCUGCGACCAGUCCGACAUGGAACGUUCCGGCGGCAACGGUAACCGUGGUGACCGCCAGCUGCCCCUCGACGACGUGGACAUCAUGGUGACCAUCAACGACGUCCCGACGACAGUCAACGCCAUCGCCGUGGUGAUUCCUUGCAUCCUGUCGCUGUGCAUCCUGGUGCUGGUGUACACAAUUUUUCAGUUUAAAAACAAAGGAGUGCAGCAGAACACCAUGACACAGCACUACUACAAAUACCCUGUUCAGGAGUGGGUAUGACAGGCAACGUUCCUUUGAAGAGGUCAAAGUUCAUGGAUGAAGUGGUUGUCAUAUUGUUUGCUAGCUAACGUAGGCUAAUAGCCAAGAACACCAGUAAAAAGACAACAGAAAGUCAGUGCUGAAAGAUGCUAAUUGGCUAGCUAGAGAUAGAUGCUACAAGAAGGACCCACACUGAAAAUGCCUGGUGGAGGUAGAAGUAGACACUUGCUCAGAGUAUAUGUGAGACUCAUGCCUGUCUUGUGACACAAGCACUUCAGUGUAAAACAGGAAGAUUACUGAUUUUGUCUUUUUAAGGAUGCUAAAAACAAAUGGCUGGAACAAGUCUGCAGAUACUCCAAUAGGAUGCGAUUGGCUAAGGACACAUAAACAGAAGAUUUUUCAGUCUUAUGAGCGAUACUGAACUUUGACUACGUCUUCUGGGACCUACAACACACAAUUCUCCUUCUCAGUGAAAAAAAAAAAGAAAGAGGAAGAGGGGCAGAAUAAGCUCCUCUAAGCCAGACACCACUUCCAAGUUUGUUAUAACAACAGCUUGAACUACUUCAACUAACUAAGUCAGAUGAAAUUGAAUGAAAAAACAAAAACAAAAAAGAAAUGGUUUAAAAAUAUCAAACUUGAAGAUAAAUGUAGGUAGAAAGGCCAUAACAAAAAGAAAACCAAGGAUCUCUCCGUGGAUUACUGAGUUUUUGUUUGAUUUAUUUUCAGUUGUAUGGAGAUGUAAAACUGUCAAAGAGGACCUUUUUCUCUCUUUCUUCACUGUACACAACAAGAACAUCCUCAUCACCAUUAACUAAAAAAACCUCCCCUCAACCAGUCAAACAAACCCUUUUUAAAAACGUGUUGAUCUACACAGCUUGGACUGAGGGGUUUUUGGACAAAUAGAAUAGUGAGUCAUCUGCAUAUGAUGAUAGAAUAGAUCAGUUCAGCAGCCUUAUCUCAGUCUCAGCAGACCUAACAAGCUGCACACAAUAAGGACCCAUAUUUAUCAAGCUGCUAAAAGUGAAUUGAUAAUAAAAGUAAAAACAACCUUCACUUCUACUUGUCAACUUGAGGUUGUUGUUAAUUUCACGUUUAUUUCUAAUUGGGAUAUCAGGGACUUCACACAGGAUAAAACAAACCUGUUGAAGUUACAUAUGUUUUUGCAGAAUAAUAUCACUGAGUAAACUGUUUCUUUAAAAAAACAUUAUGGCAGGUGUAUGGUAAAUCCUUAUGUCUGAUUGGUUCAUACAUGUGAUUAAUUAUGGGAUCACCUAGAGAGCUGCUCUUAAAUGUUAUUCUACCAUACUUUGCUGUUAGAAGGAGUAACUUGCUUAAUAAAUAUGUUUUAAUACGCACAGAAGCUGUUUAAAAUCCCAAAUUAGCUUUCUGAGGAUUUGAAAUUGCAGUUUUUAGCAGUUUGAUAAUUUCGGGCCCAGAGCUGAGUUGGUUUGUUGAGUUUGUCUUUAUCCUUGUUUUUUGUAUUUUUGUCUCUCCGAGGAGAAAGGCUUGGAAAGAAUUGGAGAAGUGCAAUAAAGGAGGAAAUCGAAAGUGAAAGUGAAGAGACAGGGAGUUAGAGUGGAGCAGGGUUUGAACGGAGGGAGAUAGAGACCGAGGGUGGUGAACAGAGGAUAUAUGUGGGUCUGUAUUAGUAUGCUGGCUGUGGUGCAGCAACAUCGACCGAGCUUAAUGAAGUUUCUUCUGUUCACAAAGCUCUAAUAGGGGCUACUCGCCCUCCACAUCCCUUGCUUUAAUCCUGCUGUCGUCCCUCUGUCUUUUCUCACUGUCCUCUUGUAAUUCUCCCUGUCCAUCUGGCCUCUCAUCUCUCCAUUGGUUCACUCUCUCCAUCUAUCUAAUCUUUUCCUCCUCCUUUAUCCAUCUGUGCUGCUCUCCCUCAUCCUUCUCUGUGUCUUUAACAUCCAGCAUUUUUUUAAAUCAAUACACCAUCUGUAUGUAGUUUGUUUGACGCACCAGGUAGCUUGUCUACGCUCAGUCAGUGUCAUCAUGAGCAUCUGAAUCUGGCUGCUUUCGUUAUUAUUUAAUAAGUGCUUUUAUUGUUUGUUAAAACUUUAAGAAGGAGCUUUGUCUCUGGUUUUGUCUAACGUGCCAAAAUUUCCUCUCAUCUUUGGCUCUAAAUUUAUUUUUCCUUUCCUCUGGCCUGUUUGGUAAACAUAAACAAGAAAUUUACUGAUAGCAUAUGACAGGGUUUCAUAUGUAUUCUUAUUCAUUAUGGUAAAUUAUGGAAAGUUUGGACACUUCAAACAGCUGCUGUUUUGGGAUGCCAACAUUAAAGUUGCUGUAUUCUCCUUUGAUAAGAGAGUUGCAGGUGAUACGAUAUCAGACCAUUACUUCUAGCAUUUCUAAUGCUGCAGGGAUUUAAAACCUCACAGCUCCAGAAGUCCACAAAGCAAAUUUUAAGAAUAGAGCAGGAUCACCCUCCACUAACAGUUAUUCGGCAGUAGGGCCCAUUAGCUGUGAUGCUGAAAUUCAUCAUGAGUUAUUUCCCCCUCUCAGACGAACACCUCUCCCCCCACAAAUGUGUGAGGAGUGUAAUUCAAACUGAAACAGCAGCUGCUUUAUUUAAAUACACGAGCCUCUCAUUUAAAUGUCAUUACCUUCGUAAUGUGACUCAUAACGGUUCAUUCAGAGGCCACUGAGCCCCCAGAGGGGCUUUAGAGUCGCCCCUCUAUGACCUGCCACCUCAGGCUGGGAAUCACUGUUGCAGGGCAGCCUGGGACGUCAGAACUGAGUCACUGUUUAUGCAGACUGAUGAUUUAAAUGCCUCUCUUUGGAGUGAGAAGAGAUUAUGAACCUUUUCUUAUAACCCAGGUGGAAGUUGUUCAUCAGGCGAACAGCUUCUCUGUUUUAUCUUGUUCCUGUUGUAAAGAUGCAGAUGCACAGUAAUAAUGCAGUAGGUCAAAGAGCAUCUUUCCACAUCAUUGUCCAGGCUACUUGAGACUCUAUACAUCCAAAAGAGGACUGUAAUGUCUGCCUCUCUACAGCUCUCUCUGUCUCCCUCCCCCCUUCUCCUUGUUCUCAUUCGCUCAGCUUUGUACCUUAUUCACUGAGCUCUCUGUCCUGCAGUAAUUGAAUGUGUUCUCGCUGCAUAUCCUUGCAAUUACUUGCUGCUGUCGAGAGCAAUUCAGCGCACGCAGCAUUCAGCACAAAUCGAUGUCGUUCAAUAUCCUCCAGCGCUAUUUUGACUCGGUGGAAAACGUAUAUUUGUUCCUUGAGGGUGUACAAUAAACACAGAACAAGCCAUUCUGCUCCGUUUACCUUUACGGCUGUAUCCAGGAUGCUGACUCUGUCUGCUGGGAGGGGGCGUGUAAGGCUGCACAAACAUGAAUGUCGAUCAAAAGGAAAUUGCCUACUGGACCUAACUUGUCUUUCUCUUUGUGUUUACUCGACCGGAGUGAGAUGGUCUGGACAGAGCAGCUUAAUUCAAGUUAAAAUAUGCAUUUGAUCAAGUGAAAGUUCAGCAUGUGGAUGAAAUAAAGGUUGAUGUACAGGACUGCCAGGAAUGAUUAUGAUCUGCCUGAAGGGUUUUUUCUAGAAGAUCUCAGAGAUAAGCAGCUGACGACUUCAGGUUGUUUUUUUGGACCAAAACCCAAGAAAUGUGCAUUUUACAAUCACAAAAGGCAAAUAAGUAGCAGAAAUCGUCGCGUUAGAGAAGCUGGAAUCACCAAAUCUUUGACAUGUUUGUUUGAAAAAUGACUGAAAUCAUUUUCUGUCACUGAUUUAUCGACUAAUCGUUUCAGCUGCGGUCAGUGUUUGUACAUAAUGGUGGAAAUAACUGAAGCCUGAUGUAGAAAAUGGGACUGUUAAAGUUAUAUUAAUGUAAGGUUUUUUAAAAAAUAUUUAUUGAUUAUAGAUUAACUCAGACGUUCCUAAUAUGUGACUGGAGUUGGAAAACAGUGACAGAUGAUAUGAUCAGAUUAAUAGGAAGCUGGGUGGUGUUAAUUGAAGGGAUUUAGUCUGUGAAGUGACAUUAAUGUGGAGUCAUGAGGUUGAUAAGGGGCACAGAGUGCUGCAGCAGCCAUGUUCUUUGGACUGUUUCUCUUGAUGUUUUAAUUUGUUGAUUGUCUUCCUUCAUUUUCACGUAUUUCUCAGCUGAAACUUUUCGGGUUCUUUGCUUUUUUGUGCACGUGUGUGAGUAGACGUGAUCCUUGUUGAGGUGGCUCUCGGUCGUGUGGCGUCUCUAGUUGAUGCUGGUGCACUUUGUAAAUAGUAGCGCUCCAGGCUAGUUGCUGGUUUGUCAUCAGUCGAGUGUUUUAUUGCGCUGUGAGGUGGAUGAUGGGAAGGGCGAGUUGUAGCUUUCUCCCUGAGGGGGGAGGGGGAGAUUUCAUCGAGCUAACGAGGGGUUUCCAUUUCCAUUCCCACUUCAGAACUCCCGCACCUAUUAAUAAUAUCAUAUAAUUCAUUUCACCCUCUCUCGUCGUCACUGUUGUUCUUGGUGCUCAUUCAUAAUGUAACUGACAGACGUGUAGAUGUUGCUGAGAUUAACUAAAGGUUUAUUAUUAAUGUCCGUGUUGCUUUCAGGUACUUACAGGUCUUAACAGUAGCAGAUGUGCAGGCAGAUUAAGCUCAUCUCCUUAUACGUCGCCAGCCACUGAGUCGCUGCACUGAUGCAAUCGGGGAUUAAGUGCCUUGCUCCAGGGCACUUCAGCAGUAGAUGUUGAUGUUGACAGAGGAGCACUGCUCAUGCUGAUUUUUCCAGCGCUUUUUGGGGCGUUCAAGACGACAACUUUCCGGUCGGUUGCUUGAUUUUAUUUCAACCGUUGAGGCUCCUGCCGCCCCGAUGAAGCUUUGACAAUGAAUGACUCCUGUUCUCACAUCAUCCCCAUCAGGUUACAGUGGUUAUAUAUAUAUAUAUAUAUAUAUAUAUAUAUAUAUAUACAGACACUUCAUGGAGGUUUUACCAAUGAAGCGUUGAGUUUGACUUGUGGAGUGGCCUGCAGUAAGAGAGAGAGCAAUUUAUUACAUUUUAACAGGGGGGUGGUGAGCAGGUAAAACUUCCAUCAUGUUUUACCUGGAGAAAAAAACUGACUGUACUUUGAUAUGAUUCAAUCAUAUGUUCUGUACUAAAGAGAAACCACCGGCCCUUCAUCCCUCUGGGAGAAUCUGUAUAUAUUUGCUGAGAUUUACAGAAGAAUAGCAGUUUACAGAAGUGCAGUGUAUUUCAGCAGAUGUCUGUUUGUGGAAAAGGAAGAAGGGUACUUGAAGAAAACAUACUGUAGUGAUUACAUCGUCUCUUAUUCAUAUUACUUAUGGAACACACAUAAAGACAAAAUAUAUGUACAUGAGAUUUUCAAACCUGGCGGUGGACCCUGUCAGUCCACCACCAGGUUCUGUUUGAAACUUAUUUAUUCAGCUGGGUUCUGUAGUUUUCACAGAGGGCGAAGGGUCCUCUGAAAAUUUGCCUCUUUUAUGGACGUUGUGUGCAGACCUGGGACAAGCUGCCACUGAAACCAAAACGAUUCACGCUGGUGUCGUUGGAUUUAUCUGCCUUUUAGUCCAGACCUGCCAAAACUCCGUCCUCGUCUUUCUCAGUGUCACUGUCCUCCUCCGUCCUCUUUACUGUGCAUCCGUCAUGGAGGCGUUACCUCCUAUUCAAAAGAGGAAGCAAGGGACUCGGUUGCCACUGUGGUGGGCAGAUACGUUCAAUGAACCGCAGUGAAAAAUAAAAUAAUAAAAAAGAAAGAAAGAAAAAAGUAACUCUGUAAGAAACUGAGACGUUAGCUCUUUGCUCGGGUUUUCAGCUUCACAGUUUCUUCAGUAAAAGAGAAGCUGAUCUCUGGUCAGAGCUCGGUGGCGUUCUGUCCCAGGUCUGGUGACGCUCUGGUGGGUUUGGACAACAGUGAGUUGCCUUUAAAGGCAGACUUAGUUAUCUGAUCACGCCACUCCCAAACAGAUGUGACCCUGCCAGAGAUGGUGCUUCGCUGUAUUUCUGUAUCUUCAUCAGCAGUGAAUCUUUGAUCAACUCUCACUCAUUAACUCACAUUAACUUCAGAUAAACUUUGGACUGUUUCUCGCUCGAAACAGAGGCUGUGGAUUUUGUUCCGCAUCACAUCCAUUAGAGGAGAGAGCCAGUAUGAACAGCAGGAAUGAUCUCAGUUCAUAUGGGACCAGAAAAUCAAAGUGAAUGUAGCUGCAUUAUACUAAAAUAUUCAGUUUCAUUUAACCUUCUGUUAAAGUCUGUUCUGGCCUGUGUAAGCUACAGGUUUGUUCAAAGUGGUUCUCUGCUGCCAGAAAUGUUUCCUAGCUCAAAAUCCAUUUAACAGUUGAAAGUAAACUGGUCCAAGUUCCAUCUUGAACAGUGUAAAUCCAUCUCUGACGGACGCUGUGGUGAGUUUGGAGUGUGGCUUCACGUGGCUAAGUCUUCCUUUAACUUGCCUGUUGUUGCCUUUAGUUUCUAAUGUUCUCUUUUCUUAAAAAAAUAUACGUAGGUGAAUAAAAACAUAUCAGAGGUAGUCUGGGCAGACUUUUUGAAGUAACAAGAUAUACUGAAGUUCUUUGGAUAAUAUCACAACUACUACUACGACUUCUAGGGAGAUUUUAUCAGAUAUAGCUUUAAGAGAGAUUCGAUUCAGUUAGUUUUUCUUAUAAAGAAAAAGAGAAGUUUUCUGUAAAUACAGUAGGAUUUUUGUUUGGUUUUGGGUUUUUUGACUAACUGGGUUGAUUAUAAAAUCAAAAUGAAAAAAAUCUGAUCUUGGCUCACUUCUUUACAUGCAAAACGAUGCACCCUUUUGUUUGUGGAUUUUUUUAUAGAGUCAUCAUGUAGUCGUUUCCAGUCGGAUAUCAAAUAUCAGCUCGUGUAAAUAAAACCAACAAAAGCUUUUGAAAAGUUUUGUAUUUUUAUUUCUCUCUCUUAUUUAAGAUGAACGUCAUCAUCCUUUGCACACAAUGUUCUACCAUUUUUAUGACAGUGCUUAUACUGGAUAGACAUGUUUACGUUAAUGACGAGAAGAUUAUUCAAUAAUCAAACUUUUAUUUCUGAUGAGAGAACGUUUUAUUGUUUCAAAUGUUAACACGACUGCAACAGAAAGGUUUGUUUUUUUUAAUGUUUGGUUCAGUUUUACUGUCUCAUGCCAAUUAUAUACCAAUAACACAAUGUUCUGUUAACAAUGAAAUGUCAAUAAAAGUGAAAACUUCAUUGUCUAAGA